UUAUAUGUUUACAGAAAGAAGUACAGAUAGAUAAACAUUUACAACCAGGAAUAAGAGUUACAGUCAAAUUAUCUGACCAAGAUCCAGAGAAAAAGAAAUGGAAAGGCAUAGUUGUAUCACCAUCUACACCACAGAAAGAAGCUGAUUUGUACUGGGGAUACAAUGUCAGAUUAGCCAGUAGUACAUGCACUAGUAGUAUUUGGUGGUGUUAAAGGUUUAGAGGCAAGUUUAGAUGCAGAUGAAGCCCUGAAUGUAGAUUAUCCCAGCUUGUUGUUCCAACAUUACCACAACACCUGCCCGUGUCAAGGGAGUCGCACCAUCAGAACUGAAGUUGGUUGACUUAAUGUCCUGGAAUGAUUCAAUACCAAGUAAGGGAAAAACACAACAACUUAAGUAUGUAAAGAAUAAGUUUGGCAGAGCAAGUUUGGUCCUUGGAGGUUACCGUUACAGUGCUAAGACCAAACGAAACAACAGAAUUUACUGGCGUUGUACAAUUGCAUCCUGUAAAGCAACAGUUAACACACAUGAGGGUCAUUUGGUCAAAGUUGGCACACCACAUAACCAUCCAGACUACCAGACAGGGUGGUUCAAAAUCAAUGAACCACCAGAACUGUCCUGUGACAGUCAGCAAAGUGAAAAUAAAUCUAUGUCAGAAGAAUUUAUAACAGCGGGUCAAGAGACUCAAGAUGAAAGUGUUCCACUUCACUUGGAAUGUGAGGAAGUGUUUUCAGUAGACAGUGAUGACAAACAAGAUCAAUUUGUAAGUUCAAAUUCAAACUGUGAUGACAACAGCAUUGAUACUCAAAAGAAUAGUAUAUCCUCUAGAUCACAUGACAAAAAACUAAUGGUAAAUGUGGACAACUCAAUAUCUCGAUCAUGUGACCUUGACAACUCAGCAUCGUCCAGAUUAUAUGACAAGAAACCAGAAGGGAACGUUUCAAGACUGGAUACUCACAUGGACAACUUAUUGUCUAGAUCACAUGACAGAUCACAUGAUUUGGAAAACUCAUCACCAUCCAGAUCACUUGACUUGGAUAACUUGGAGUCAUCUAGAUCAAAUGACAAUACAUCAGAGUUAAUGGAAUCGCCUGGAAAGGAAGAAGAAGUACAACAGACGCCAGAAUUCUACUCUUCAGUCGAUGAGGAACAUAUAUUGCAGUAAUGAAACCAAGAAAAGUUUACAUAAGGAGACCCCCUCGGCCAUUUACAUAUGCCUCUUUGAUACGACAGGCUAUUGUAGAAUCUCCUAACCGUAACUUAACAUUAAGUGAAAUCUAUCGAUGGUUACACAAUGCAUAUUCAUAUAAACAGAUUGAUGAUAUAACCACAAUGAAGAACAAUGCCAGACAAGUUCUGAGUUUUAAUAAAUGUUUUGUCCGAGUAACAAAUGAAAAGAAUGAAGGAGUAUGGACAGUUAAUGAGAAGGAAUUCGACAAACUUAUUGCACCAC